GCCGUGGGGGUUUGUUUUCUGGGGGCUCCUUCCACAGGUUUUUCUCCCAAAUUUGCCCUAAACUAGGACAAAUAUUUUGCUGCCUAUCUCGUGGCUGGAGAGAGUGGAAAAAACCCCUGUUCUAAUCAUAUUUUGGUUCCAAUUACUUUGUGUUAGUAUGGAGCAGUUACUGGCUAUGUUGUUUGAAUUCAUAGUGUAUUUUAGAGUGGAGGCCUGUAUGUGUUUCUGGUCCCUAGGGUUUUUUGACAUCUUAAUCCCUCUAUGGUCCCUAGGUUUAUUUUUUAAUCCAGGAAUAGCUCCAGUAUUGUCCCUAAUACGUAGUUUUUGCAGUAGAAGGGCACUGACCAGAAUAUCCAUUGAGCUGGGCUUGGGUGUAAUGGCUUCCAGGGGGUUUAUAAAGGUGCUGAGGUCUGUUCCUGGAAUGUAUGGUUCUUGGUUAUGGUUGUACAGCCAGUUUGUUAGAGGGGAAGUAGGGGAUGAGGCUUUUCAGCCUUUGCUUUCCUUCUUCUCCUCUGAAUCUGUUAUCUCCCUAUUAAAGAAGGUUCCGUUUCCCCUGACUGUUAAGGAGACCAUCUUCCUGGUGUUUUAUCUGGUAAGCUUUCUCUAUACAGUCUGCAGUCUCUCUAGAAUGAGGGCUGAGAUUUCUAGAGGGGCUGAAGAGACCCCUGACCCAGGAGUACACCCAGGUGUGAGAAAUCCUGAGUGGUGUGGGAAAUGGGGGGCACGGGAAUUGGCACAUAGACUGUUUUCCCACAUUCAAAUAGAUUUUACUGAUUUGCCUAAAGUAGGAAGUUAUAAACACUUAUUGGUGAUAAUAGAUCACUUGAAUUACUUUGUAGAGGCAUUCCCUACCUCCAGGGCAACUACACCAACAGUAGUAAAAAUACUAUUAGAAGAGAUUAUCCCCCGCUACAGACUAGCAGAAGUAAUAGACUCAGACAGAGGGCCACACUUUGCCUCCAAAAUAAUUAAAGAAGUAGUUACAGCUCUAGGAACAAAGUGGCAAUAUCAUACUCCCUGGUAUCCCCAAAGCUCAUGCAAAGUGGAAAGGGUAAAUGGGAAAAUUAAGAAACAACUAACUAAACUGAUGUAUAAAACACAGUUAUCUUGGGUAAAAUGUUUACCUUUAGCCUUGUUAAAUAUACGAACUCAGCCCAGAAAUGAUAUUGGAAUUUCUCCAUUUGAAAUGCUUUAUGGGAUGCCUUAUGACAUAGAUUCUCCUAUAGAUCACCCUGAAAUAAGUAAUCAACAAAUUAACCAAUAUGUCAUGAAACUUAUGAAGGCUCGGGAAGGGCUUAGAAGAGCUGGGUUACUAGUGCAACAACCUCCUUUAGACCUAGCAAUCCAUAAUAUAAAACCAGGUGAUAAGGUGUUAAUAAAAAACCUAGAAAGAAACCUCACUAACCCCAAAUUGAGAAGCCCCCUGUGUUGUUUUACUCACUACAGAGUAGUGAGAAACUGCAGUCAGAACCGCCGAGAAGGGAUGGACACAUGCAAGCCGAAUAAAGGGACCGAUUCCUGCUGCUGCCGAAGACCCCUGGAGAAUAACCAGCCAACCCAGGGAUCUUAAGGUCACAUUUAAGUGGACUUAAUGGACUCAGUAAGAAUUGUACAAACCAGCUGGUAUAGUGAGCUAUAGGACUAUGGAUAUCCUAUAACUAAUGAUUUUAGAGUAUAUUGUACAAAUAAGGAUUGUGAUUGUUACCCUUUUGUAUGCUAUAUUUGUAAAAUUUGCCAGGAACGGUGGUAGGUCCAUAGUUAUAGAGGCACUCCUCCUGGGGGUAUUUGUAAAGGGUGUUAUCAAUUAGAAAGAGAACUGACAGAGUCAGUCCUAAGGAUUGGAGAAGAGAACGGGACCCUACCAAGAGAAUCCCAAGAGUGGUGAGAGGUGUUUACUAAGGGGGCUAGGCCUGAAAAUUGUUGUUUCCACUCCAAUGAACAAAUUCCCCUAAUUGUUCAAAUUAUAAAAGGGAAUUGCCAGAAAACUUUACCUGGGAUUCAGUGUGACUCACUGCAAGUGAAGGAUAAAAACCGGGAAUCAUUCAAAAAGAGGCAACAAAAGCAGAGUAAGGGUCCUCCUGAAGAAUAUCCUUGCUGCCGAGAAGAUGGUACGCCUCACGGCUCGGAGCAACCAAGUCAGCGAGCGAGGCAGAGGGAUAAGAAGCGGUGGAGGAAAGAGCCCUCAAACUGGGACAAUUCAAAGGUGUUUCAAGAACUGCCUCAAGGAUACUGACCUCCCAAGGGUAAAGGCCAAGGACAAUCUGCAAGGAAGAUGAGGAGCCUUCAUUCCUAUGACCACCAAGGGCAGCAAAAAAGACCCCCUAGCACCCAAUUGCACCGGCGCAGAGUGCGUCGACAGAAAAUAAAUCAACCGGAAAAAAAAAAA